AUGAUUGAUCAAUUUGUCAAAGGGUUGUAAAAAAUUGAUAGAUUUGGGGCUAUAUUUAGACCACCUAUUAUAGAUAUUCACCCUGAAUAUAGAUCGGUUCUAGGUGGAAUUGCAACAUUUAUAUUAUAUGGUUCAAGUCUUGCAUAUUUCUUGUAUCAAAUUAUUUAAUGGUAAUCUAACUAAUUAUUACCUAAAAUUACAUACAUUCAUACUUCUUAUGAUAAGAAAUACUAUAAUAUUAAUGAGAUGUUAUCUUCCUUUUACAUUAGAAAAAAUUACAAACCUGAUUAAAUUGACCCGUUUGAUCCAACAAACAUUAUUUUACAACCUAUUCUUUCUAAAUUUGCUAAUUAAUAACUUGUAGAAUCAUAUUCAUUUUUCUAUAAUUCAAAUUCACAAUAAGAAGACAUUCAUGAAGUUAUAUUAGAAAAUAUAGAACUUAAUCUAAACUUAAACUAAUCCAAAGAUGAUCCAUAAAUUGAAUAUUUAUUAUCAUUUGGUACAUGUAUGGAAAUAUAUUUAUUAGAAGGAUAAAAAUGUGCUAAUUCAACAUUAGUAAAUACUUAUUUGAAUUAAAAAAGUCAUGCUAUAAUAUUAAAUCAUUAUGUUAAAGAAUAUAACUCUAAAAUAAAACAAAUGUAAAAUGUAAAAAAACAAUUCUUAGCAAUCCUCACUAAAAAUACAACCUUAUAUUUUUAAAAUUAAAUUAGAUUAUCUAAAACAUAAAUCGAUAACGGAUUUCUAUUUCCUUCUAAUUCUUAUAAAGAAUUUCCUAUGGAUACUAUAAUUAUUUCUUAAACUACAGUUCCAGAUAGUUUUUAUAAUGUAUUUGGAAGAGCCACUUAUUUAGUUAUGGCAUAUGGUUUAAGUGAAGUUAUUCAAGAAUAAUAUAUAGAAUAUCCUAAAAUAUCUGAAGUAUUAGCUGAUAUUGGUUCAAUUGUUUCUAUUAUCUUAGUAUUGUCUUAUUUAUUUAUUUUUUUAAAUGAACAUAAAUUAGAAAAAGAAUCCAUCUUAAAAGUUAUUUAAAUGUAUUAUCCAGAAUUUUAUAAUAUCAAAUUUAGUCAAAAUUGGUAUGGUAAAAUUGUUGAAGUUAAAUAAAAUGAUUUUAUUAUUGAUAAAGAUGAAUUUAUGUUAUUUUAUAAUAAAAUCUAGAGAAUUGCUGCUAAAAAACUUAGUAUUACUAAUAUAUUGUAUUCAUUAGCAAAAUUAUAAUUUUUACUUUAAUCUACAUACAAUUCUGAUAAAAUUAAAUUAGCUCAUAAAAUUGGAAUUAAACUCAGAUAAUUUCCUAAAUUUUAAUCACCUUAAUUAAUUCAAGAAUAAUUAAAUAUUUAAGAGAUAUCAAGAAAUGAUUCAAAAGAUCACAUUUAAAUACAUAAUGUUUCAAAUGUUAACCUUAAUGAUUAGAAUAAUAAUAAUAAUUAAAAUUCUAUAUUACGUUAAGAAACUAUCAACAAAGAUAAUUCUAAAAGCAUAUUUUUAAAAUUAAAAGAUGAAAGUUAUAUCUUAAGUGAUGAAGAUUUCUAAUUCUUUACUAUUGAUGAACCUAUUGUUAUUGAAAAUGAUAUCUUAAAAUCAGAUUCAUAUUUUGAGAAUAAUUUUAUUGAUCUUUGA